AUGAAACUUUUCGAGUUGUUAAGCCUCUCUGGUGCUCUUGCUGAACUAUCCUGGAAAGAUAUCCUUUCCAAAAGACAAUCAUUCAGGGAAGUGUUCAUGGACUUUGAUCCAGUUGCAAUAACUAACAAAAAGAUAACAUCUCCUGACUCAUUACUAUCAGAGCAGAAGCUACGGUCAAUCCUCGAGAACGCAAACCAAGUUCGCAAGAUAAUAGUGGAGUUUGGAUCGUUUGACAAGUACAUUUGGAACUUCGUUAACCAAAAGCCUACUCAGAGUCAGUUCCGGUACCAACGCCAAGUCCCUGCGAAGACAUCCAAAGCCGAGUUGAUAAGCAAAGACCUUGUUCGCAGAGGCUUUAGAAGUGUUAGUCCAACGGUAAUCUACUCGUUCAUGCAAACAGCUGGUCUCAUGAAUGACCAUCUCACUAGCUGCUUCAGACACCACCAGUGCAUAUCCAAGGACGAAGCCUAGUUUA